AUGGACGUGGACGUGGACGUGGACGUCGACGUGGACUUCGACGUGGACGUGGAAGAGGACGUGGUCGUGGACGUGGACGUGGACGUGGACGUGGACCUGGACCUGGACGUGGAAGUGGACGUGGUCGUGAACGUGGACUUGGAUGUGGACGUGGACGUGGACGUGGUCGUGGACGUGGACGUGGUCAUGGAUGUGGACGUGGACGUGGACGUGGAAGUGGACGUGGUCGUGAACGUGGACUUGGAUGUGGACGUGGACGUGGACGUGGUCGUGGACGUGGACUUGGAGGUCGACGUGGACGUGGACGUGGACGUGGACGUGGUCAUGGAUGUGGACGUGGACGUGGAUGUGGUCGUGGACGUGGACGUGGACGUGGUCAUGGACGUGGACGUGGACGUGGACGUGGACGUGGACCUCGACGUGGACGUGGAAGUGGACGUGGUCGUGGACGUGGACGUGGACGUUGACGUGGACGUGGACCUGGACGUGGACUUGGACAUGGACGUGGACGUGGACGUGGAGCACCUGGACGUGGACGUGGAGGACGUGGACGUGGACAUGGACGUGGACGUCGACCUGGACGUGGACUUGGACGUGGACGUGGACGUGGACGUGGUCGUGGACGUGGUCGUGGACGUGGAAGUGGUAAUGGACGUCGACGUGGACGUAGAUGUGGACGUGGUCGUGGACUUGGACGUGGACGUGGACGUGGACGUGGUCGUGGACGUGGACGUGGACAUGGACGUGGACCUGGACGUGGACGUGGUCGUGGACGUGGACGUGGACCUGGACGUGGACGUGGACGUAGACGUGGACCUGGACGUGGACGUGGACGUGGACAUGGACGUGGACGUGGUCGUGGACGUGGACGUGGACGUGGACCUGGACGUGGACGUGGACCUGGACCUGGACGUGGACUCCGACGUGGACGUGGACGUGGUCGUGGACGUCGACGUGGACGUGGACGUGGUCUUGGACUUGGACGUGGAUGUGGACGUUGACGGACACGUGGUCGUGGACGUGGACGUGGACGUGGUCGUGGACGUGGACGUGGUCGUGGACGUGGACGUGGUCGUGGUCGUGGACGUGGACGUGGACUUGGACGUGGACGUGGACGUGGACGUGGCCGUGGUCGAGGACGUGGACGUGGACCUGGUCGUGGACGUGGACGUGGACGUGGACAUGGACGUGGACUUGGACGUGGACGUGGACGUGGACGUGGACGUUGUCGUGGACGUUGACGUGGACGUGGACGUGGUCGCGAACGUGGACGUGGACGUGGACCUCGACCUGGACGUGGACGUGGACGUGGACGUGGUCGUGCACGUGGACGUGGACGUGGUCGUGGACGUGGACGUGGUUGUAGACGUGGACGUGGACGUGGACGUAGUCGUGGACUUGGACGUGGACGUGGACGUGGACGUGGUCGUGGACGUGGACGUGGACGUGGUCGUCGACGUGGAUGUGGACGUGGUCGUGGACAUGGACGUGGACGUGGACUGGACGUGGACCUGGACGUGGACUUGGACGUGGACGUGGACGUGGACGUGGACUUGGACGUGGACAUGGACGUGGACGUGGUCGUGGACGUGGAUGUGGACGUGGACGUGGACGUGGACGUGGACGUGGACGUGGACCUGGACGUGGACGUGA